AGCGGCGGCAGCAGCUGGUCUCGGUGUAAACAAGUCGCGGCGGCUGCGAACCCGGGCCGGGGGGGACGGCGCCCACCAGGAGCGCCCCCCAUUCCCAGGCCAGGCCACCCCGGCGGACUGGGCCCCCGAGCGCCCAGGCGAGAGCACUGACAGCUCAUCCACGCUAAAGCCCCUUCCAGCUUCAAUUGCCAGGCACUGGGCUCCCUCUGCUCCCCGUGGGCCGCUCCCCGCGUGGGGCCACUGCCCCCGGCCCCCGCCAUGGUGCGGAUUUCAAAGCCCAAGACGUUUCAGGCCUACUUGGAUGAUUGUCACCGGAGGUAUAGCUGUGCCCACUGCCGUGCUCACCUGGCCAACCACGACGACCUCAUCUCCAAGUCCUUCCAGGGAAGCCAGGGGCGUGCCUACCUCUUCAACUCUGUGGUGAACGUGGGCUGCGGGCCAGCCGAGGAACGGGUGCUGUUGACAGGUCUUCAUGCUGUCGCUGAUAUCCACUGCGAGAACUGCAAGACCACUCUGGGCUGGAAAUAUGAACAGGCUUUCGAGAGCAGCCAGAAGUACAAAGAGGGGAAGUACAUCAUUGAGCUCAACCACAUGAUCAAAGACAACGGCUGGGACUGACCCCUGUUCUUGCCACAUGUGGCUCCAGCCCGGCCUGGCCGCCAGGGGGCGCCACUGGCUUCCCUCCGCCCAAAGGGAGCUCUGGACCCUCAGAGCCCCUGCAGAGGAAGGAUCCAGCUCCUGUACAUAUAUUUUAUUGCAUGCACUGUGACCUUGGGGGGAGAUCAGAAGGUGGACGACACCCCCGCACCUCCCUGCGAUCUGGCUGGCUUGGAUCUCAUUUUUAACCUCUUCCUGUCCCGCCUACCCUAUAGAUAUGGCCUGUGUGCUGCGCUCUUAGCCCCAGGGCACCGUCUGCCCUGUGAACUCCUCCCACCGGGCCCCUCGUACAGCACGCGUGUCUGCUCCCCUUGUUCUGUAGCGUUUGUACAUAAUAAAACAAUGGAGUGGAGACAG